AUGUCUCUGAUGGAGAAAUUGAAUACACUGAGAACUAUAAUACGUCAUAAUGGUGGUAUAAAGGGUUCUUUUCUAACAUUGUUCAGGACCGACGAACUGAAGUGGGGGACUUUGGUUGGCACAGACAAAUUCGGAAACAAGUACUACGAAAAUAAUAAGUACUUUGUGGGGAGGAAUCGAUGGGUCGUAUACUCCAAUAGGUUUGGUUGGGAUUACGAGGGAUCUCAAGUUCCACCUGAAUGGCAUCGUUGGCUGCACUAUAUGACAGAUGAAAGUCCGGCAUCAAAUCAACCUACAACACACAAGUGGUCUGCCGAACAUUCGGAAAAUUUGACUUUGGAUCCGUCCAAGAAAUACAUUCCGUACUCAACUACUCGUCCGAAAGUGCAACCGUGGAAUCCUCCAAAAUAA